GUCCUCACUACACUCGCUACACGCGCAGACACAGACGACACACCGACGACACACGGCGACAACUCACCCAACUGCGGUCCAUCUCAUCGACCAAUUCGCAGUCGCGCUCAACAGACCUUGAUCCGGCGCUACACGCCCGGUCCCGCCUCCGACGGUUCCCUCUGGAUGACAUCUCCCACCUGAGCCUCGCCAACGCCGUGUGCGCCAAACCCUCACACCGACAUCCACCAUCACCAUGUUCUCCCGCAACAGGGACAUGACGCACAUGUCGUCCCUCUCGGGGCUCCGGACGCGCUUCAAGAACAGCAUGUCGUCCUCGUCGUCCUCGGCCAAGAUCCGUAGCUCCGAGGGCUGCUGGACCUGCCGCCUGCGCCGCAAGAAGUGCGACGAGGCCCGCCCCGUUUGCGACGGCUGCGCCCAGCUCGAGAUCACCUGCUACUACAGCGACGUCAAGCCCGACUGGAUGGACGGCGCCGAACGCCAGAAGGAGAUGGCCGACAACCUCAAGAAGCAGGUCAAGAUUCAGGCCAACAACCGCCGCGAGCGCAAGUACCUGCAGAGCCUCGACGUCGACCCCAGCGCCGGCCACACCCCCGGCGACGACGACCACAACCACCACCGGCAUCAACAUCACCACCACGACAUCCCCCCGGUUCCCGCCCUGAGCACCGAUGGCGGUUCCUCCAAGGCCACUGAUUCAAACAGCCCAUCGACCGUCAACGACACGCCGGGCGACUCGUCGAGCCCGCUCUAUCAGAUGAGCUCCGUCAAGUCGUCCAUCCACGACGUGGCCGUGCCCGGCGGCAGCGCCUCGCCGCCCAACCAGAUGAUGCGUCAGCCCACGCCGGAAUGGUCCGCUCACCCGAGCUCCUCCACCAGCAGUCCUCCGGCCGCCGCCCACACCCCGGCCCCGGCCCUGGCUCCGGCUCAGGCCCCGACUCCCCUCCCGGCGUCCCACCCCUCCGUCCCCGUCACCGCCGACCAGACGGCGUCGGUGCCCCCCUUUGCCGACGACUCCAACCUCAGCUUCAUCAUGAUCUACCUCGACUACGUCUUCCCCUUCCUCUUUCCCUUCUACAAGCCCGCCCUGCUCGAGGGCGGCCGCGGCUGGCUUCUCAACGUCCUCAACCACAACAAGGCCCUCUACCACACCGCCCUCAGCCUCUCGUCCCAUUUCUUCGGCGUCGUCCUCAACGGCGCCCAGCUCGAGCACGCCCCCUGCCGCAUGAAGUCCAUCUCCAGCCUGCAGCACCAGCUCGACCUCGCCCUGCGCGAGCUCCGCGCCGACAUGGCCCGCAUCAACGAGGGCGGCGUCGAGGACCAGCUCCGCCAGGCCUGCCGCGUCCUCGAGAGCAUCGUCCAGCUGCUCAUCUUCGACGUCACCCUCGCCACCAACGACCACUGGCACAUGCAUCUCGAUGCCGCCACCGUCGUCUUCCAGCAGAUCCUGCCGCGGCCCGACCUCUGGGACCCUACCAUGCAGCACAUGGCAAUCCCCCUCCUCGCCGACGUCCACUUCCCCCCGGGCUCCCACAAGCCCUGGAGCUCCGACCAGGCCGCCCUGCGCUUCUUCACCGCCUCGCUCCUCUACUUUGACAUCAUCUCCGCCACCGCACUCGAGCGCGCCCCGGCCCUGCAGCCCUACCACCACCACCUCCUUGCCCCGCGCCGUGAGGCGUGCCACGAGCUCGAGCCGCGCCUGCGCCUCGAGGAGUACUUUGGCUGCCAGAGCUGGGUCCUCCAGAUCAUCGGCGAAAUCGCCGCCCUCGACGCCUGGAAGAAGGAGAACCGCCGCGCCGGCUCCCUCUCCAUGACCAACCUCGUCUCGCGCGCCGCCUUGCUCGAGAUCGCCCUGCGCGAGGGCAUCGCCUGCGUGGACAACCAGUGCCCGCGCCUCUUGGGUGGUGCCGUCGCCGCCGCCGCCGGCAGUCCCGAGGAGCUCGCCUGCCGCGCCGCCGCCUGCACCCUGUCCGACAUGCCGCCGCCGCACCCGACGCACGCCGACACCACGCGCCUGCCCCCCGACCCGCUGACGCUCUACCGGAGCCAGCAGACGCGCGACUCGGCCGACGCCUCGCGCGUGCACACAAAGAUCUGGGCCCACGCCGCGCUGACUUACCUUUCGACCGUCGUCUCCGGCUGGCAGCCCUCGUGCCCGGAGACGGCGACGAGCGUGCAGGCGACGCUGGAACUGCUCGACUCGCUGCCGAGCCCCGUGUGUCUGCGCACCGCCGUCUGGCCCUUCUGCGUCAUCGGCUGCCUGGCCGACCCGUGCCAGGAGCAAAUGUUCCGCGACAUGGUCGGCCGUAUGGGCGCCCUCGAGGUUUUCGGGUCCAUCAAGGCCGCCCUCGGCGUGAUGGAGAACGUCUGGGCGCGCCGGGACUCCAUCGACGAGAGCUGGGACCUGGCCGCCUGCUUCAAGAUUAUGGGGCACGCCGUGCUUCUGACCUGAGGUUGUUAUUGAAGUAUACCUU